AUGCCAGAAACCACGAAGAAGGAAAGAACACUGGCAAAGGCCCAGUUCACCAACAGCAGAAGAGCGCUGCUAGUAGAGAUAAACAAGGAGGAAGCGGACAAGAAGGAGAUACUAAGGGCACUGGAUGGCCUCAGUGCUCUUGCCACAUCCACCAUCGCCUGUUGUGUGGAAGGUGAUGCCACAGACUGGUAUGAGGAAGUCCAGCUGUUGGAACAGCAAUAUGCCGAAGCGGUAUCGAGAGCAGGGGAUGUGCUGGAGCAGCUGAGAAUAGAAAGGCCCAGCAAAGCCACCAGCAUCAGCCACAGCCCCGCAACCAGAGAACGUGCGGCAAAAAUCAGAGAAGUAAGGUCGUUGCUGAAAGAGAAACUGUAUGACGAAGAAGAUGAGGAAGAAGAGGAGGUACCAGGUGUGGAUGUAAGUGAGAGUGCAGGUGUCUACCAGAGUAAAGUAAAAAGCAACGCACCUGUAAAGCGUACAUGUAUGUCUGACACGCCCACAACGUCAACCCAGGGAGGGGUCACGUCAUCGUUGUCGGCGGUUACUAUGGCAACGGCGUCGCGAGAGCCGAAGGCAUCUGAGCUUAGCCAAGCCAGAAUGAAACAAGAGCCAUUAGCAGCCAGAACUGUGGCACCGAGCAGCACGGGUUCACAACGGGUACCCAUGGCAACGGGUUUCGUGACUAUGGCCACUGGCACAGCAGUCAUACAGAGUACACCAAGUACAUCAGCUACUACUAGGGACUUCACCCGGCGUACAGGUGCGCCAUUGGCGUUGAGCCAGCAGUACCCCGCACCGAAUCCGGCGUACACAGCACCGAAUCCGGCGUACACUGCACCGAAUCCGGCGUACACGGCACCGAAUCCGGCGUACACUGCACCGAAUGCGGCGUACACUGCACCGAAUCCGGCGUACACGGCACCGAAUCCGGCGUACACUGCACCGAAUCCGGCACCGCAGCAGCAGUCUCAGUCGGCACCGCAGCAGCAGUCUCAGUCGGCAUACACGUAUACGCCUCAACAGUAUGCACCGCAGCAGCAGUCCCAGGCAGCAUACACGUACACUCCGCAACAGCAGCAGUUCCAGCCGUCAUACACGUACACUCCGCAACAGCAGCAGUCUCAGCCGUCAUACACGUACACGUCGCAACAGUACCUACCGCAGCAGCAGCAACAGCUGCCAUCGACGUAUACGCCACAAUAUCAGCCGCAGAACGUGCAACAGCCACAGUACCUGCGAACAAGUCAGCCACAGACAGACAUCACCAAGCACAUGAAGAAAGUUUCUAUUGCCACGUUUGCCGGCGACAAACGGGAAUACGAGGCUUGGAAGGCGGCUUUUGAUGUAUCCAUUGAUCAGCAGGCAACUUCAACAGAAAUGAAGAUGCUGCAACUUAGGCAGUACCUGUCUGGCGAAGCUCUGGCGGUCGUACAAAACCUGGGUUUCACGCCAUCAGCGUAUAGUGCGGCACGCAGACGGCUUGAGAAGAGGUACGGCGGACAGCGGAGGUUGGUGGCCGUCCAUAUGCAAGAACUAGAGGACUUCCCUGCAGUGAAAAACAGAGCAGCAGACUUUGAGAAGUUUGCAGAUUUGCUAGAGGUGGCGGUGGUAAAAAUGACGGAUGCCGGCAUGACCAGUGAACUCGGUACGGGUACUUUGUAUACACGUAUGCAGAAGAAGCUUGCAACGGAAAACCUCGUCCAGUAUCAUCGCUGGGUACAGGAGACCAAUGCCAAUGAAUCUGUGACGACUCUUCUAGAUUGGGUGAAUCGAGAAGCCGAAAUAAUGGCUACAGCGUCGGAAACCAUUGACGGCAUCGCCAGUACUGCCAGCAGCAGACAGCGACGUGGUGGUUUCAAUGACCGGAAACCGAGAAACACAGAGUCGUCCGGAAGAGUCUUCCUAGCAGAGAAGAAGAGCGAGAGCUGUGCCGCUUGCAGCGAGCAGCACCCAGUCUGGAAAUGUCCGUCUUUCAAGGCAAAGACCGUGGAUGAACGAUGGGACCUGGCAAAAGAGAAAAGGCUAUGCUAUCGAUGCCUUGGGUCCGGUCACUGUGGAGCGCAGUGUCCCAGAACCAGACAAUGCGGUGUGGAUAAGUGCAGCGACACCCACAAUUGGUUGCUGCAUCGUAAACCGAAGUUCGACAAGGUACACAGCGAACCGGAUCGCAGCACUGAAGGGGAGCGACCUUCAAGGCACAACGUCGGCAACGUUAUGUCAGCGAGUAACGUCAGCGCAGCACCAGGGUCACUGCGCACUGUGCCAGUGUUGUUGAGCAACAACGAGCGGACCAUACGGGUCAACGCGUUCCUGGAUGACGGCGCGACGCAGACGCUGAUCAGCGCAAGUGCCGCAGGCGCACUUGGUCUCCGCGGAGAGACGAAGAGGAUUACAAUGUCUACUCUGAAUGGGCACCAAGAGACGUUUCAGAGUAUGCCAGUCACUGUCACACUGUCUGACUUGACCAAGAAGACAAGCGUGGACAUCUGUGCUAACACGGUACCAGCAGUAUCUCGGUCGCUAACACCAGUAGACUGGGAGAUUGUCAAGAAGAGCUGGCCACACUUGGAGAAUGUCAAGUUCCCGAAGCUCAGUGAUUGGUCGACAGUUGACCUUCUGAUUGGUAUUGACAACAGCAGCCUGCAUGUAUCGCUAGAAGAAGUCAUCGGUGGUCCAGGUGAGCCAAGUGCCCGGAGAACACCACUCGGCUGGACAUGUGUGGGUCCCAUCAGUCAAACGGCGGGAGACUCCCGGAUGUCGGCCAGCGUGCACCAUUGUCUGAUGACUCAGUCAGACGCCGACCUCACUCAGCUGGUGAGGAAGUUCUGGGAAGUAGACAGUCAGCCCGCGGCAGAUGGAGCGGCACUUCUAACCCCAGAUGAGCGACAUGCACAGGAGACGGUCGCAAAGUCGAUCAAGCACAUUGGAAGCCAAUACAGUGUUGGCAUUCCAUGGAAGGAUCACCCGCCCGGAGCUAAUGCUAGCUACCACACUGCUCUGAAGCGUUUGGCCAACACCGAGCAGCGGCUGAGGCGAGACGCAGCAGUCGGAGAAGUCUACGCCGCUACGAUAGCGGAACACAUCAGCCAGGGCUAUGUGCGCCGGGUUGACGCCGCAGACGUCAACGACGGAAACGCGUGGUACUUGCCCCACUUCCCGAUAGUCAAGCCGGACAAGACCACAACAAAAGUACGCAUCGUGUUCGACGCCGCAGCGAAGUCGAACGGCAAGUCAUUGAACGACUUCAUCUUGCCCGGCCCCAAACUACAGCAAGACCUGGUGAAUGUACUGGUUAGGUUCCGUCGUGAGCCGAUAGCACUGGUCUGCGAUAUUGCCCAGAUGUACCUCCGUAUCAGCCUAAAUCCAGACGACCGGCGCUACCAUCGAUUUCUGUGGCGCACAGACCCAAGUAAGCCACCGGAAGUUUACGAAUUCUGCAGCGUGGUGUUCGGUGUCAAUGCUUCGCCAUUCCUAGCGCAGUACGUGUCGCAGCAGCAUGCCAGAUCGCUCAGCUCAGAGAUGCCGCAAGCCGCUAGUGUCGUGCUGGACUCCACAUACAUGGAUGAUAGCAUGACGUCAGCACCUGAUGUUACAGCAGCCAAGUCCUUAUAUGCGGAUUUGUCGGAUCUCUGGGGCCAAGCGAACAUGCACGCGCGGAAGUGGCUCUCUAACUCGGCGGAGGUUCUGGCGGAGAUCCCACAAGCUGAUCGGGCAAGUCAACUGGAGCUCACGGACGAACAGCUGCCGAACAUCAAGACGCUCGGCGUCCUCUGGCAAGCCGAGAUCGACAUGUUUACCUUUCAGUACAAGGUGCCAGAUUUCACACGUCUGACCAAGCGGCAGUUUCUGCGUAUUCUGGCAACAAUAUUUGAUCCGCUCGGCUUUCUAGCCCCGUACAUCGUCCGAGCCAAAGUCCUGUUCCAAUCCAUGUGGAUCGAAGGCUUCGAUUGGGAUGCAGACUUGCCAGAUGAUCUCGUCAGUGCAGCUGAAGCGUGGUGCGCCGAGCUACCGGAUUUGAAAAGAGUUCAAAUUCCGAGGUGCCUGCGACAAUCAGCAGCGACAACAGCAACUAGCAGCGUGGAAGUGUUUGUGGAUGCCUCCGAAAAGGCGUUCGGCGCAGUCGUCUACAUCCGGCAGCAGUUCAGCGAUGGCAGCGACUCAAUGCGUCUCGUCGCGUCGAAGAUGAAAGUCGCCCCGCUUGCUGUCCACAGUAUUCCGAGGCUGGAAUUGAUGGCCGCAGUUCUUGGUUUGCAGCUAGUGAAGUCUCUUCUACCUUCGCUUGAUCUCACAAUGAGUACUGUCACGUUCUGGUCUGACAGUGCUGAUGUCCUCUACUGGAUUCGUGGACAGAGCCGAAAGUACAAGCCGUUCGUUGCCCACAGAGUCGGCACGAUUCAGACAGCGAGUGAUCCCGACCAGUGGAAGCAUGUAGCUACUACCCGCAACCCAGCCGACCUGUUGACGCGUGGUAUGUCUGCAAGUCAGCUCGCAGAUUCCCAGUUCUGGUGGUGCGGUCCAGACAUGUCCGGGUUACACACGCCGUCCCCAGGAAAGGCAUUGUCAGCAACAGCGGUGGCAGAGCUGAAGAAGCCUGCAGUUGAGAUAGCUCAUUUCAGUUAUCUGGCGAUCGCCGCCUUGCCCGCAUUGGAUCCAGAGCGCUACAGCAGCCUCCUCAAGCUGGCCCGGGUCAUUGCCUGGAUCAAUCGCUUCUCAAGCAACGCAAGACACCUGAACACUGAGCGAGUGUCAGGCCCCCUGUCCGUAGAUGAGAUCCGCAGCGCCGAGUAUGUCAUCAUACGUCAGUGCCAGCAGUCAGCCUUCCCAGGGGAAAUCAGUGCUCUACAGCGGGGAAAGCCUAUCUCUCCUAAGAGUGUGCUGAGCAGCUUACAGCCGCAGCUCGACGAAGAUGGUAUUCUGAGGUGUGGUGGUCGGUUGCGCUAUGCAGAGCAUAUUUCGGAUGAUGCCAGGUGCCCGAUCAUUCUGCCCCGCUCGAGCAGAGUAACCACUUUGAUAGUGAAACGAGCACACGUCCGCCUGUUUCACGUCGGUGGAACCAACCAGACCUUGGCAGCGCUCAGCCAACGGUUUUGGAUAGUUUCGGCCAGAGAAGCUAUUCGUGAGUAUGAGCAGCAGUGUCAAGCGUGUCGACGGCAGAAAGCAAAGACCCUGCAGCAGGUCAUGGCUCCUCUACCGAGUCACCGUACGAAGCCGUCAUUGAGUGCGUUCGCUACAACCGCGGUUGAUUUCUGCGGACCAUUCUUCACGAAGCAGGGUCGAGGACGAGCCCAGUGUAAGCGGUACAUGGCUGUCUUUACUUGCACCGCUACGCGAGCAGUUCAUCUCGAGCUGGUGAAUGACCUCACCACCGAUGGAUUUCUCAACUGCUUGAGUCGGUUUGUCAGUCGUCGUGGAACGCCUACAGAUAUCAUCUCGGAUAACGGCACCAACUUCGUCGGCGCAGUCAAUGAGCUGCAACAGUUGGUCGGCGAAGUCAACCAGCAGCGAGUAGCCAACAAGUUGUCUGCUAUUGGAGUGACUUGGCACUUUAACCCACCAGCAGCACCUCACUUCGGAGGAAUUCAUGAGUCCAUGGUCAAGAGCGCCAAGAGAGCAGCCUACGCCAUACUCACCCGAGCAGAUAUCACCGAUGAAGAGCUAGCAACGUGCUUUGCCUCAGCUGAAAGCAUGCUCAACUCGCGUCCCCUAACGUAUCAGUCAGCUCACCCGUCGGACGACAUUCCAUUGACGCCAAACCACUUCCUCAUCGGCCAAGUCGGUGGUCAGUUCGCACCAGCUUGCAGCGAAAGUAGCUUCAGCCCGCGCAGGCGCUGGCGCACUGUGCAGCAUCUGAUUGGUCAAGUGUGGACUCGCUGGAUGAGAGAGUGGGUACCUCUUCUCAACCCAGCCAAGAAAUGGAGGCAAGAGUUGCCAGACCUGAAGGUCAACGACGUGGUGGUAGUGGCAUCUAACGAUACACCACGUGGGCAAUGGCCGUUAGCACGAGUAAUGGAAGUCUAUCCCGGUAAGGAUAACCAUGUACGAGUGGUGAAGCUGCGUCUAGCAACCGGUAAGAGCCUUGUGCGGCCUAUUGCUAAGCUAUGUCCGUUGGGUUGA